CAAAAAUUAUAUUUUAACUCUCUAGUAUUAUAAGUUAUGUCUUUUUCUAUUUUGCUGAUUAUAUCGUUUUUAUAUACAACAAAGUGACAUGGAAUGUUACUUCACGUGUUAGAAUUGUUUACAUACUCUUCUGAGUCAAGUUAUAGAGUAUAUAUUUAAAUAUUCUCAUUUGCACGACACCGUUUUUCUGGUAUUUAGAGUAAACUUCGAGAAAUUAAAAUAUUCUCUCAGAUUUAAUAUAUCUAGAGCAACUGUUAAAAAUAAUUUUAUUUUGAGAAUGAAGAAAAAAUGGCUCACUAUGAUGAAUUUCAAGCUGUUGUGCUUGCUGGUGGGAAAGGUUCUCGUAUGACAGAACUUACAGAAGGUCAACCCAAAUGUCUGCUUCCAAUUGGAAAUGUUCCAAUGGUUUGGUACCCCUUGCAAAUUCUUGAACGUUUUGGAUUUAAGGAAGCAAUUGUUAUUGUUUCUGAGACAGCAAAGUCUGAUGUGUCAUUGUCAUUAGAUAAAUUGUGUCUAAAAAUCAAGUUGGAGAUUGUAGGAAUUCCAGAAGCUGAGGAUCUUGGUACAGCUGACUCCAUUAGACACAUCCAUGAAAAGAUAUACACAGAUUUUGUGGUAAUAUCUUGUGAUUUGAUCACAGAUAUUGAUCUAUCAGAUAUCAUAAAUUUGUAUAGAACACACAAAGCUAGCAUAACUGCUUUGAUGUUACCAGCCCCAAAAAUACCAGAUGACUUUGUAACUCCAGGACCAAAAAUUAAACACAAACCAGAAACAGAUCUGAUUUGUAUCAAUGAGUAUACAAAACGAUUGAUUUUGUUAGCUUCUGCUUCUGAUUUUGAAGAAACUAUGAAUUUCUCACAGAGACUUCUUAGGCGAGAUACUGAUUUUACUGUUCAUUCUAAACUAUUGGAUGCCCACUUAUAUGUCAUUAGUAAAUGGGUGUUGGAUUUCUUGGUAUAUAAUAAGACCUUUAGCACAUUGAAAGGUGAAUUGUUGCCUUAUAUCAUUAGUAAGCAAUUAUUUAAGCCUAAACAGUCUAUAGAUGACAAGAAUACUUCACUAGUGCAAGUGGAUUUAAAGCAAGAUAUCUUUCGCUUUGUAACCAAGAGACUUCUAGAUGAUACAAUAACAAAGUUGUCAGCUUUUAAUGAUCAUAAUACUGACUUGGAAGAAGCAUAUUUUGCAGACAUAAUAAGAUGUUAUGCUUAUGUACCAAAUAAAAAAAUUGGUCUUAGAGCAAACACUGUGCAAAUGUAUCAUCUUGCUAAUGCUAAGAUAUCAGAAUGGUGGAAUACUGAAAAUAACAAUCGGUUACUGCUUUUGCCAAAUGUUUCGAGCACAGCAACUGUACAUAGUACACAAGUGCAGGAAUGCCGUAUAGACAAUAAUUCGCAUAUUCACGAGAAAACGUCGCUAAAACAUAGUUAUAUUGGACCCAAUAGCGUGGUGGAAACAAAAACGAGGAUAUCUCAUAGUGUGAUAAUGGGAAAUGUGACUAUUAAACAAAGGUGCGUUAUUCACAACUGCAUAUUGUGUAAUGGUUGUGUUAUUGAGGAAGGCACUGAAUUAAAAGAUUGCUUAGUUGGAGCUCAUCAUGUUAUAACAUCUGGUAGUCAACAUUCUCGCGAAGUACUUACGGACGCCGACAAACUCAUAGAAAUUUAAUCACUUCUAGUCAUAUAUUUUUUUUUAAUUUGAUACAACAUAUUAAACGGUUAGACCACCUUGGACAUGUCAAAAUCAUUGUAAUAUUCGGAAGUUUUUUUUUUUAAUAUAACAAUAAAUAUAAAAUUAAAAAUGA